AUGGAUGAGAAUAAUCAAGUCUACCUGAGUCCUCAGAUGAUGCGGACCCCAUUGAUGGAUGCCACAACAAGAGUCAACAAAUACCCAAGCCUCAGAGAAGAGAAGGAGGAGCAGAUGAAGCAAGGACGAUACUACCAAGCUACCUCGCCAAUGCCGAUGUCGAAUGUGACCAGUCCAUUAUCGACAAAGCCCGAUGCGGAGAUGAAUUACGCGACCCCCGUGGCCGAGUCAAGGGCUGCAACAAACCGACACUCAACUAUCUCGGCCACAUCCACCGCCUCCAACAGGGGGAAGCGGAAAACGCAUGUUGGACCAUGGCAUCUGGGAAAGGAUCUUGGGAGUGGCGCAAGUGGUCGCGUGAGAUUGGCGAAGCAUGCAAUUACUGGUCAGACUGCAGCGAUCAAGAUCGUGUCGAAGAAGUCGGCGGCAAUGACGCAGAGCGAGAGCAUUGCGGGGAUGGACCGGAAGGCAGGUCACUUUGGGGGACCCGGCAUGCGACAUAUUCCAUCCGGACUUGAAAGAGAAGUGGUUAUCAUGAAGCUCAUCGAGCAUCCGAACGUGAUCAGUCUAUAUGAUGUCUGGGAGAAUCGUGGCGAAUUGUAUCUCGUUCUCGAGUACGUCGAAGGAGGAGAGUUGUUUGAGUACGUGCAGAAGCAUGGUCCAUUGCCGGAAGAAGAGGCAGUGCGAUUAUUUCGGCAGAUCAUCGCAGGCCUCGGUUACUGCCAUCGGUUCAACAUCUGCCAUCGCGACCUAAAACCCGAGAACAUCCUGCUGGACAGCUGGCAUAAUGUUAAACUAGCUGACUUCGGAAUGGCCGCACUUCAACCCAUGAAUCAAUGGCUGAAUACAUCCUGUGGUAGUCCACACUAUGCUGCCCCAGAAAUCAUUUAUGGCCGGAGGUAUCGUGGGGAUAUGGCAGACAUCUGGAGCUGCGGUAUCAUCUUGUAUGCGCUCUUAACAGGCUUUCUUCCCUUUGAUGGAGGCGAUCUGCCCAGUACCUUGCGCCUGGUCAAAAGAGCAGAGUUUGAAAUACCUCCCGAGGUAAGUCUCGAGGCCACUGACCUCAUCAGGAGGAUCUUGCAGAAGAGACCUGAAGAACGGAUUAAUAUGCAAGGCAUAUGGGCGCAUCCUCUUCUGAAGAAAUAUGAGAAGCUCCACCAGGCGAUGGCGAAUCAUUACGUGGGACCCGCUCCGCCCUUGUCGUUGGAUGAGUGUGGUGAACCUAUCGCUCAUAGACACGACGUUGACCCUGAUUUGUUAAGGAAUCUUCAGACAUUAUGGCAUGAUGUUCAUCAAGAGGUUCUAAUUGAGAGAAUUCUAUGUCCCGAACCUACCCAUGAGCGAAUGUUUUAUAAUGCAUUGGUCAAGUUCAGGAACGAGCAGCUGGAAAACUACCAAGGCCAAGCCCUGGAGUAUUCUGCCAGUGACUAUCAUCAUAUAUCGCGGGUGGAAGAGCGCAGUGCCUAUAAGCGAAACAGUCAUGCAAAGUACCACUCCAGGAAACAAUCUCAGGCGUCGGUCAAAGAGACAGGCAUACGAACCAGAAGAUCGGUCAGAGAGCCGAUGUCUUGUGCCACAGUGGAGAGCUAUGAUCCGUUCCGAUCUCCGAAGCAUAACAUAGCGCUGAAGGAAGCCGAAUUUGCGCAAAUCACGAUCUACCGGAACGGAAUUGACGAAGUCGGGACGUUGGAGAAACCUCCCGUUCCUCGAGUGCCAGAAACUGUAACCAAGGAGUCAUCAUGCCAGGAGAUUGACUGCCCGCCAAGCUCACCGUUUAUAGUGAGCCAUAAAAAGAAACUGAAAGUCGCUUCGAUGAAGUCAUUCCAGUCCAGAGCCUCACAGGCGUCUCGACGAGCUCUGUAUGGCACACCAACGCCGCGAUCGGCGAGUUACAAGCGUAAUGUGUGUUUUCGCCAUGCUCGAAGUCGCUCCCAGGGAUCCGUUUCGGUCAGGACGAAGGCCGCGCGGGUAAGGACCUGCGAAAUCAUAGCAAAUCCCAGUGACGGGAGUUUGGUAUCUGAGUUCGAAGACGAUCCAUUUACAGAUACUAAUGGCAGUCCGACGCUUCCGGCUCAGCCAACCGUCGUUCGAAGUGCGGGUGUGACGAUCAAGAACUGCCCUCAAAUGAAGAAGUUGCGAACCACUGAUUACACUUGGAAGGAGGAUGCGCGGAAGGUGUCCCACGAGCUGAGCCAAAUUUGUGAGGAAGCUUUCAACGGAAGUUCACUAUCCACUGCGUGCACGAAUACCAGCACUUGCAUCGGAUCAGAAACCCCUGCAACGUCAGUGUCCAUGACCAGUCCUGAAGCUUCGGAACAAACAAUAAAGUCGAAGACGUCCACCAGUCGACCAAAGCCCCUGCCUCCCGUCUCAUCACCAAAGCCCUAUACAGUUGCAGAGUUAGCUGAAACUCGACGUAGGUUGAUCGAGCACUCCACUAAGGGUGGGAAUGAGGAUAUCCCUGGCUACUUGGUUGCCGUGAUAGGCCACCUCGACAGACUGAUUGAGCAGGAUGAGCUUCGACAACGUGACAGACCCGAAUCAACACGUCCCGAUUCUAUAUCUUCCGCUGACCCCUUCGUCCGGCCUCAAAUUGGGCAACACAGCAACCGCAACAGCGUCAUCGUCGCCUCCGACGGCCAAAGAACGGCAGCUCUUCGGCCAAAAAAUGUCGACUACGCUGCAAGCCGUACAAGCCGGGACGGCAAGCGGACAAUACGCAUGGUGCCUCAGAGCUCCGUGCAGUCAAUUGAACCGUCCAAGCAUCUACCGGUUCAGAAAAGCCAAGCCGUGCUUCCACAGGAAACACGGCAGUCGCUCGAUGGAUAUAAUAUGGCCCCUGACAACGAUCAGGGGUCCCUACCCAAUAGACGAUUUGCCUCCGUGAAUUCUCGUCACAGUCGCAUUCCCUGCGAGCUGGAUCCUAUUGCGGAGAAUCCUGGAUCGCCCAGGCGCAGCGCCACUCGAACAUCAGACAACAGAAAAUGGUCCUGGCUCCCCAACAAGUACAACACCUCUAAUAUGGAAAAGGGGUCCAGACACUCGGCACAUAUCCGCCCAAUACAACCCAGCUCAGAGACCGUGAUUCGACAUGAGGUCCAUCCGCCAACGGAUCUAUUCGCGAUGCAAGGGGAAUCCCACGCGAACGAGAAGCAGUCACCUUCCAAAGCUAAGACCGGAUUCUUCCGGCGUCUGAUUAACCGGCGAACAAGCAAAAGUGCGCAGAGCCGUGAAUUAGAACCUGAAAGCGCAGAAACAGACCAGCUGCUGGAACAGCCUCAGCAGCCUGAGCACACGCUUGACACCAGUGACAGCAACAGCAAGUCCCUCCCAGACCGGCCAUCCAACCCAGGCAGAAGCCAGAACUGGUUCGCCCGAGUCUUCCACUUCAAGCCCGCGACUAGAGUCGUGGCACUCAACACUUCAACCACGAAAGCCCGAAAGGACGUUCACAGAAUCCUCCGGGAUUGGAAGAAAUACGGCAUGCAGGAUGUUCACCUCGACCGUGAUAGACAAGUCAUCUAUGCUACCGUCGGUGAAGCGAACUUCCUCCGCCUCCGACCUGUUCAAUUUUCCGCUGAAUUCUGCACCUACCUCGAACGCGGCCGACAAGAGAACCUCAGUCUUGUCCGCUUUAGACAAGAGAGAGGAGCAGCAUCUUCCUUCAACAAGGUUGUUGACGCACUCUCCAUGGUCAUGGAGCAACGCAACAUGCUCGUGGAAGAUCCAGCCCGAGCGAAGGAGAUGGUUCGGAUUCUGGACGCUUUCCCAGAUUCUUAA